AUGACACCGUUUCGGCCUCGCUUUCUCGUUCUUGUUGGAGCGUUGGUUCUCUUGCUGCACACUGUGUGUACCAUUAUCGAGGAGACUGACUCAAUCCUGCAGCUGGCACCCUAUAAAUACCAGCAUUGGCAAGACUUGAACGACUUUCAGCAAGAUGCUUCUGUCAAGCCACAAGGCCGACGGCUGCAGAGAGCUACUGGUACUAGUAGAGCGACUCGCAGUCGCAGUACUGGUAGCAAGCUCACAGAAAAGAGCAAGGAGAAGAAGGGGGAAGACUCAGAUGACUCUGACAGUACAAGCAGCAGUAGCUCUGAUGAGGAUUCCUAUGAUGAUACCAGUGGUACUAGUACCAGUACCAGAAAUAAGAUUGCCAUUUACAUGACAACCAGUGCAAGUUCUCCCAAGCAACGUGGCUUUCUACUAGACUGCUGGCCAACUGCCUUGCAACGAUUUCCAUCCUUACUGUCCCAGGCAGACCUCAUUGUGUACACAAGUAGUCAGUCUGCAGAAGAUGAUCAGCUCUUUACUCAAUUGGGAUUUCCCAAAGUGACAUUUCACAGAUUCCAGGAGAGACACUACAGUACACUCACACAACAACCCAUUGAUUCCAAACAGGAUGGAGCCAUUCGAGCCAUGGUGGACCCAUUUUUACCCCAAGACAACUGGUUUCACCAAUAUGACUGGAUUAUACGCAUGAAUCCUGAUGUCCUCAUUCGCAAUGAUACCUGGUUACUUCAAACCAUGCACAACCAGUCCAUUGAUGCCAUUCUCGGUCACUGGACUCAUUAUAAUACCCACUACAACAACAAUGAUCCACACAACAACAACAACACCAAUGGCAACAAUGACACCACCAUGCUAUUGACUGAUUUUCAUGCCUUUCGUCCCAGGGCUGUCAAUCACACGGCACUUUUCAAUCAAUAUCAGCAACAAGAGUUACACCAUCAACUCCAUGCUGAAAGCCAUCUCUAUGCAGGAUUUUCCCACCUCCAACACCAGGGAAGAAUUGCCUGGAUACCCCAUAUUGAAUUCCCUGGCAUGGAAGCCCGUAUUGGAGGUGAACACUGUGACAUCAUUCAUGAUCAUCAUCUACAAAGACUCUGUCCCAAUUACAUGGAUUAUCACUUGCACUACCGAGGCAACUUUCAUUACUCACAACAAGAAAUUGAUGUCAGUCCCCAUUUACAACUGAAAAAGGAGGAGAUUGCUGCGGGAGAAACAAAGAUGUAG